CGUGGCUUGGUUAAUCUCUCUUUUUUUUCUCUCUCUCUCUCUCUAGCUCUGGCAGAAGCACACUUUUCUCUUUGGAUUUGGUUUAUGGGGGUUGCUGUGUUAUAAAGAAAUCCUGCUCUUGGUACAUGGUGGUGGUAGUGGAUUGAAGAGAAGAUGAAGUGUGUUAUACCAGGUGCAGGCAUCAAGGCUUUUGGCAAGGCCAUAUUCUGCCUAUCGAAGAUUGGAGAAGAGCUCUACAUAGAGGGACUAGAGGAUGGAUUGGCUUUGAAGACGGUGAACACAGCAAGAUCGGCAUUUGCUUGCUUCCUAUUUGAGAAGAAGUUCUUUCACUCGUACAGAGACUCGACAUGUGGGCGUGGCAGUGGGCGUGGCUCUGACAGUGAGGAGGAGGGUGGCUUCAAGUGCAAGAUAUCGGCUCGGUCUGUACUGUCUGUGUUCCGAGCUCUACACACACUGGAGAGGACUGUGGAUCGGUGCAAUGUGAACCUUGACCUCAAGGAGAACAAGCUCGUCUUUAUCUUCCAUUGCAAACACGGAGUGGUCAAGACGCACAGCCUUGGCUACCAAGAAUGUGAAGCCCUACAAGCUGUAUUCUCAAAGGACCUCUGUCCCAACCACCUCUCAGCACCAGCCAAAGUACUGAGCGAGGUGGUGACCCACUUCCCUAGUUCUCUGGAGGAGGUUACUCUCACUGCCCUGCCCACUUCCAUCACUCUACGAAACUACGUGGAGGACGAUGGAGAGGGUAGCCGGCCAUCACUGACAGAGAUUUGUCUGGCCCCAGAUGAGUUCGACCAUUACCAGGUCGGGGUGGAUGCAGCCAUCACGUUCUGUCUCAAAGAACUUCGAGCUAUCCUGGCGUUCACUGAUGCCAUUAACCAAUCAUUAUCUCUGAGGUUCGAAGAACCAGGGAGACCUAUCGUGUUGAGCAUUGAGAAUGCUCGUUUGUACAAGGCUGACUUUGUGAUGGCUACUCUACUGGACGGAAACUCCUCCCAUCAGCACACCACCUCAAUCGGUCACAAUAGGACCGCAACAACUGCCAACAGUACGAUCCCUCAAAACCAGGCAAACGAGUUUGAGUCAUUUCAUAACGAGACUACAAUGCAACACUCACAAAAUGAGAACAGUGAAAUGCUACCGGAAACAAUUCCUAAAAGAACUAGACCAAUUCGAACUCUCUCCGCAAGUGCUGACAUUGACUUUCCGUCCGGCUCUCAGUUUGGUCGCCCUGGUAACGUAACACCAGCUACCACAAGUGCAAAGGUCCCCCCUCCCCCAAGUGAUCUGGACUUUAUGGAUAUUGAAUACAAUCAUAAUGAGAUUGAGGAGCAAGGACAGAGUAAUGCUCCGAGUGAAAACAGUCAUUUAAAAAAGAGUGUCGAUUCUUCGGUACCUAGAAAAAUAGAUUCUGUUACUUCUAAGAACUCUACUGAGAAACAAUUAGUUAGCGCUAUAGGAAGCCAUGGAGAUACUAUGGAGGACGAUUUCGAUGUAAUGGAUGCCAUUUUUGGUGUUGAGAAUCGCAACGAUGUGGCUGAAGAAGGCAAUCAGUUUGGAUUUGGUGUUGAGAGGCAAGACUCUGCCUCAGUACGGAGACAUGAGAAAGAAAAUGUGAGGAUUUUACCCAAAGUGUCUUUGACUCAGGAUGGGGUUGAGGAAGUAAUGGGCAGUACGCUGGGCAACGUUAUUGAUGACUCAGGGUUCAUACCAAGAUCACCCCCCGCUAAGAAGGCCAAGCCGCUGUCAUAUACAGCUCUCUUGGGGUUAACCAUGUUCUCCAGUGAGCACAACAGGUCGGACGUACUAGCACCUGACUCUGAUGAUGAACAAUGAUUGUUUCUGUGGUUGCAAGUACAUUUUAUCACUCCUUUUUAUGUUAGCACUUUCAUUCUUAUAUACUCCGAGUCCCCCUG